UGUGCAGAUCAGCGCGACCGGGAAACGGCAGCAGAAAUCAUGGCAGCUCCGCACCGCGCCGCCCCUUACUGAGCCUCUCCGCUGUCCUCACGCCCGUGGUGCUGAAAUCAGCCGCGACCCGACAGCAAUGUAACGGCAAUGAGACAAAGACACCAACAGCCCGAUAAUGGACGAUGAUUUGUUUCAGUUAAGACAGCUUCCAGUGGUGAAAUUUCGGCGGACAGGUGAAAGCACUCGCUCUGAGGAUGAGUGCGGUGGAAGGGAAGAGGUUUUGCAGGUGGAGGGAGGACGGACGGAUAUGGAGUCUGUUUCUCUGGCCGAUGGUGCUCCGGUGCCUCGGGAAUUCGCCAACCCCACUGAUGAUACCUUCAUGGUUGAGGAUGCAGUGGAGGCCAUUGGCUUUGGGACGUUCCAGUGGAAACUGUCCAUCCUGACUGGACUUUCAUGGAUGGCCGACGCCAUGGAGAUGAUGAUUCUCAGUAUAUUGGCCCCUCAGCUGCACUGUGAGUGGGCACUGCCCAGCUGGGAGGUGGCACUGCUAACUUCGGUAGUAUUUAUUGGAAUGAUGAUCAGCUCCUCAUUAUGGGGGAACAUAUCUGAUAAAUAUGGGAGAAAAACAGGUCUGAAGAUGAGUGUGUUAUGGACCCUGUUCUAUGGCAUCCUCAGUGCAUUUGCACCAAUAUAUGGAUGGAUCCUGUUUCUUCGAGCUCUGGUGGGCUUCGGAAUUGGAGGGGCUCCACAAUCAGUAACAUUGUAUGCAGAGUUUCUGCCUAUGAGGUCCAGAGCCACUUGCAUUCUGCUGAUAGAGAUAUUCUGGGCUUUGGGUACAGUAUUUGAAGUGCUGCUGGCUAUUUUGGUGAUGCCAACUUUGGGCUGGCGCUGGCUACUGGCCCUCUCCACCAUUCCACUUUUCAUUUUCGCUUUUUUUUGCUUUUGGCUGCCGGAGAGCGCACGCUAUGACGUGCUGACAGGGAACCAGGAGAAGGCAUUGAACACACUCAAACGCAUCGCUGCAGAGAAUAACGUCCCCAUGCCACUGGGAAAACUCAUAGUGGCCAGACAGGAGGACAGAGGGAAAAUUCAAGAUCUUUUCUCUCCACACUUCCGCUGGACCACAGUUCUGCUCUGGUUCAUAUGGUUCUCUAAUGCAUUCUCAUAUUAUGGAGUAGUUUUGCUGACCACUGAGCUUUUCCAGGAGGGGGGUGUCUGUGGUGAGGCGAAGGGCAGUAAAAUGGAGCCAGGUUGCAGUCUGGAGUGCAAAUAUCUCAAUUCGGAUGAUUACAAGGAUCUUCUGUGGACCACACUUUCUGAAUUUCCAGGCCUGCUGGUGACCCUGUGGGCAAUUGAUCGAUUAGGAAGAAGGAAGACCAUGGCACUGUGUUUCUUCGUCUUCUCCCUGUGUAUUGUGCCACUCUACAGCUGUGUGGGAAGGACGUCUUUGACAGUAUUCAUAUUCAUUGCGAGGGCCUUCAUCGCUGGAGGUUUCCAGGCUGCAUAUGUGUACACACCAGAGGUUUAUCCCACAGCGACGAGGGCUCUGGGUUUGGGCACCAGCAGUGGAAUGGCUCGAGUUGGAGCUCUCAUCACACCAUUUGUGGCACAGGUGAUGCUGGAGUCAUCGGUGUAUCUGACUCUGUCCGUGUACUGCUGCUGCUGUCUGCUGGCUGCUAUCGCCUCCUGUGCGCUGCCCAUAGAGACCACAGGACGAGGCCUGCAGGAGUCCAGCCACAGAGAGUGGGGUCAGGAGAUGAUGGGACGUGCCUCAGACCACAGUCCUGGAGGAAUCCCACAUUCCAGCUCCGAAUCGCAGGACUGACGAGGAGCACCGCCGAGAGGUUUGGAAAGACUUGGUGGAAGAAAAGCACUCGUUGAUGGAAGUGUAACAAAAUUCCAUCAACGAAUAGCAGAUUUGAUGAUUUUAAGAACUGCUUGGUUUUGGUUUCAACCAGUCUAUAAAUAACACAUUCCCACACCAAAGGUUGCGAGGUUUCUCUUUAUAAACAAGAGAAAUGGAGGGAAAUGGAUUGCCAUCACAUAAUUAAUAACCCUUUUUCCUCAUUGCCAAGGACUACAAUAGGAAAGGGGUUGAAAAUGAUGUAAAACAAGAUCCGAAAUCGCAUACUUCACUACAACAUACAGUGCGUGCAUACUUAGAAUGCAAGUUAAAAUUUUAAUCAUAUUUAUUUUUUCCACAAGCACAUUUUUCCAAUUUCAGUCUCCAUUAUUAUUAAUAACUACUAUUCAUUUUGUAUAUAAGCAUUAAUAAGUGAUGUAUUAUUUACUCUGCCUGACAAAAGUUCUCGCAUGUCCAAGUUUUAGAAACAACAAAUAAUAACUUGACCUCUAGUUGAUCAUUUGGUAUCAGAAGUGGCUUAUAUGAAAUACAAAGGCCUCUAGAUUACGCUUAUUUUACCAAAAUAAAAUAUGAUCACGCCUUGAUUUUUAAUUAAUUAGGACAGUAAGGUCUGACUUUGCUUAGACAAAAGUCUUGUCACUUAACAGAAAUAAUGAGAAUGUUACAGAAUGAAUACAUGAUAGAAUGUAAAGUCAAGGUGCAGUGGAAAAAUAAUUAAUAUUGUGUAUGACACCCAUGAGCUUGAACGACUGCAUCCAUACAUCUCUGCAAUGACUCAAAUAACUUAUUAAUAAAGUCAUCUGGAAUGGCAAAGAAAGCGUUCUUGCAGGACUCCCAGAGUUCAUCAACAUUUUUUGGAUUCAUCUUCAAUGCCUCUUCCAUCAUCUUACCACAGAUAUGCUCAAUAAUGUUCAUGUCUGGUGACUAGGCUGGCCAAUCCUGGAGCACCUUGACCUUCUUUGCUUUCAGGAACUUAGAUGUAGAGGCUAAAGUAUGAGAAGGAGCGCUCUCCUGCUGAACAAUUUGCCCUCUCCUGUGGUUUGUAAUGUAAUGGGCAGCAUAAAUGUCUUGAUUCCUCAGGCUGUUGAUGUGUCCAUCCACUCUGCAGAUCUCUCGCACAUCCCUAUACUGAAUGUAACCCCAAACCAUGAUGUUUCCUUCACCAAACUUGACUGAUUACUGUGAGAAUCUUGGGUCCAUGAGGGUUCCAAUAGGUCUUCUGCAGUAUUUGUGAUGAUUGGGAUGCAGUUCAACAGAUCUACCUUCUGCCACUUUUCCAAAUGAUCAACUAGAAAUCAUGUUAUUAUUUGUUGCUUUUACAACUGGGAUCAAGACAAGACUUUUGUCAGGUAGUGCAUCUUUCUCAAGAGCAUUUCAGCAUUUUUGAUUUUCAGUGUGUACAUACAAGUUUUUAGAGACUUUUAUUUGUGAAAGGAAACCUGCUUUAAAGGAUAGUUCACCAAAAUAUUAAUAUUUAUUAUUACUUGUCAUUUACUCGCACUCAAGUGGUGCUAAUCGUUUGUAAAUUAUGAAAGAUUGUCAUCCAUAGUUGGAAGCAACAAUACUAUGGACGUCAAUGACUUAUUCCCUUAAACAUUCUUCAGUAUCUUUUCUUUUGUGCAAAACAGAAGAAAGAAACAUAAGCAAGUUUGGAACAAGUGAAGGAUGAGGAAAUGAUGGCAGAAUUUUUGGGUAAACUUAUCCUUUAAUAAUUAUGCACAUAAAAAUAUAAGUUGUUUAUUGCUAUUAGUUAGAAAUUAUAUAUGACUAAUUAUAAUUAAAUACAAAAUUAAUGUGGUUUGGAAUUGGUACAAAGUGCUUAGGAAAAUAUAUGCUCAGUUCAUUGACUUGCAUAAUAAUUAAGCACUGCACUGUAGUAGGCAAAAAACAAAAGAAGUAUGUCCAAAUUCACAGCAGUAAUUAAACUAAGUCUAAUAGAUUUUGAAGUGUGCAUUUGAUGUACACUUUACUAUCCCACAAGUCCGAUGUAGAGGAUUUUGUUAAUGGCACUGAAAGUGAUUAAACUGCCUCUGCUUGGUCAUGAAGUCACAAUGACCAUACAGUGAAAGCAGGACGUCCAGAUUACAUUACCACUACAUACAUAGUACAUACUUUCUUUUCAGUGGUCACAAAGUAAGUUCAUAUUCAAAAUACGUACCUACUCAGGAGAGUAUGCGAUUUCAGAUGCAGCCGAUGACUAUGAAUACUGCAUUAUGCAGUUUAACACAUGAAAACCAUCAGCACUCUCUUAUGUUCAAAGGAUCUGAAGAGCAUUUGGGGGCAUUUAGGAGAACAACGAAAGAUCCAAAAUCCCGAAAGUCUUAAAGUUGAAAGAUAGCACAAGAUGUGUGUGUGUGUUUGCGAAGUAUUUAGUGUGACAGCGAGUAGAAAGGUGAAUAUUAUUUUGCUUUCUAAAGAGGGCCUUACAUUCCACUCCCAGCAUUCCUUUGGGGAGGUCGUGACAACUUUUAUCUCUUCACUGAAGCAAAGACGGGAAGCUGCUAUAAAUCAGACACAGCACCGGUUUGUAGUCUGUUGUAUUGCUUUUUUGGUUUGCCAUACAUUAAGCUGGUUAAAUGUUAGCCAUUCAGAGUACUUUUGCUGACAGCGGUGAUGUAUCUAGUGGACACCAAAGUCUUCAUUUCAGACCACUCAGCACUUAAGAGAGCACUUCACAUCAUCCUCUCGAUAGUUGCUAAAGGCAAUCACUUGCGUAUAAGUGUGUAAACCCCAGUCAUUCUUUUAUAAUCAGGCAUUUCAAAGGUCAUUGAUCUUAAAGGCACAGCAUGUCAUUUUCACCACUAGAGGGCAUGUAUUUACAAAAAACAAAGGUGUAGUUUGAUUGCUCUGUGACUAAGUGUGGAAUCCUGGGAGUUGUUGUCUUUAUUCCAUCUUUUGGGACUCCUGCAGAAGUAACGUUCAUGGAUGAGCUAAAGUAUUCAACAAUUACUAUCAUGGUAGUAUGGAGCAGAAAAAAGGUCUUUGCAUACUGAAGUCCGAAAUUUUCGUAUGUGUUUUUUUGUAUCUUAAUUCAUCAUGUACACAAACCUUGCACACCGAGUCCGAUGCAUAUUAAUCCAUUCCAAACAAAAAAAACAAAAAACAUUUUGUUGUCAAUUCAAGCAGUGACGUUUUUAUUCUCCUCUCUCUUAUUCAAAAUAGAAAAAGGAAAGAGGAAUAAGCUACAUAUUGUGUUCAUCCAAUACUGUAUAGAGAGGAAGAGUUCUUCUUAUCUGGGCUGGAUUAUCCCCAAAAGCAAAGUUUAUUUCCAGAAAUCUGUGAAAUUUUGAUAUAUUGCUUUUGAUUCUUUACACAUUUACAUACGUGAACAAAUCCAGAAUAGAGACUGGCAGUACCACAGACAUUAUAAUAGAUGGUGGCUGCAAUGACAUAUUAGAGCGGACCAUGAGGCGUCUAGCUUUCAGUUAUAAUGUCUAUAGGCAGUAUGUCAGAGGUAUGGACACACACCCACACACAGCCCAAACAGCAGCUGGGUAGAAGUGUGUCAGUCACUGAAUUCAGGAUAUAGGAUGAAGCGAGUGGGCGGGGCUGAGAGCUGUGGAAACGGGCCUAGAGUCUCACAGAGAAGCUCUGGAUUAUAAAAGGGGGAGAGACAGCAGUGGAGGACGAGAGAGGACCAGGUCUGAACACUUUGUUUUACUUCUUGCUUUCAGUUUGUUUGUUUGUUUUAUUUUUCCAUUAAUAAAUUAUUGUUUAUUAAUAGUUCUCUGUCUCCUUCUUCCCGAUGGCCAGGAAGCCAGCAACUUUAUUACAGAGGGGUUCUCAACUGUCCACCACGUUCUGUCUUUAUUUAUUUAUCUUUAUAUAUUAUGCGCUGUGCUUGUCAGUUCUCUGUGGUGAAGGCUAACGGCAUUCUGUAGUUUGCCUUUCGCUUGUACGGUGGCUCUGAAAUGUUAAAACUCCUCUCUAACCGCUUUUUCAUAUGCGAAAAAUGGUAAAAAUCGAAUUCGAUUAAUUUUUUUAUGAUGGACGAAAGUUUCGGAGACAGUGUGUCAAUAUGAUCGACACAACGUGAGGUCUGUAUUUUGCCUUUCGCAUGUACAAUAGCUCUGAACUGUCAAAACGCUUCUCAAACCGCUUUGUCGGAUGCGAUAGAUGGAAAAGAAUUGAACCCAGUUUAAUUUAUGUAAUGAUGAACGAAUGUUUUGGAGGUAGUGUGUCAAUAUGAUUGACACAACGUGAGGUCUGUAUUUUACCCUUCGUUUGUACGAUGGCUCUGAACUAUCAAAACACCUCAAACUGUCAAAACAAAACAAAAAAAAAAAACGCUUUUUCAGAUGCGAAACAUAGAAAAAAAUCAAACCCAAUUAAACUUUUGUUAGGACAGAAGAAAGUUUCGGAGGCAGUGUGUCAAUAUGAUUAAGGUGAGGGCUGUAUUUUGCGUUUCGGUUGUUCGGUGGCUCUGAACUGUCAAAACACCUCUCAAAACACUUUUUUGUAUACAAAAAAUGGAAAAAAAUCAAACCCAAUUUAAUUUUUGAUAUGACAGAUAAAAGUUUCAAGUGUAACGAGGUUGACAAUGUAAAGUCAUUUGUUUUUAACAUGCAAAAAUUGUGGAUUAAAAUUUCUGAUUCAGUGUGCAAUAUCCUUAAGUCUGAAAUCUGGCGACGUAAAACUGAAGCAAUUCACGAGUUCACACUUGCAAUAGUUUCAGAAUAAAGCGUAUUUGGCGUGCUGUCCGGGGAGAGGGCUCUGAGCACGUGGAAGAUACCCAAACUCGAGUUAUUCCUCUUAUCAGGAAACAGAGAGAUAUUGGGAUUCGAGCGAAGUAUCUAGCCCGGCCCCAGAACGCUCCCCCCGGGAUUGUAAUGCUUAAGAGGUGAGGUGACGGGGUGGUGGAGGGAUGCUAAAGUCGUAAGAUGCUGCAGGUAAGACAGCUUUGGUAUAUAUAGGGGUUUGAUCAAGAACUGAUUGGAUAAUAGAAUAAUUGUCAAUGAUGUAUUUGAUACUGAAACUUCUGCGCGUGCUCCUCCUGAAAUUUGUUUAUAAAACAUCACUUGUUGAGACGAGCACAAAACGACACACAAUCAGAGGAGCUUUUAUUAUGCCACAGUUCACCAUUUACGGCUCUUCCGCUCGUAAUCACAUCGGGAAGAAGCAGCGCUGUAUUAUCAUACUAAAUACAUUUCAGAGUUCUAAAAUAAUGCUGCUCUGGGCAGGCUAAUAAAACACGCAACAUAUUAAAGCGUCUUUGUUGUGUCCACGUUACCUGUAAAACCAAUCCGAAAAUCUAGGAUGUGUCACGUAAAAUUGCUUACUUCUCUGGAUUUAAACGUUCUUCAAAACGUUAGUCAGGCUAUAUAUAUAAGGCUAUUCUAGAUUAUAUUUUUUAUAUUUUAAUGGAAAAAAUGUACAUAUUGUGCCUUUAACGUACGAUGAAAUAAUAAUAAAACAGAAUAGCAUCUGUAGGUCACAAAACUAUUAUUUUAUUCCUGUCUAUUCUAGCACAUCAGCGCAACAGUGGCUUGCAUCAAAACACACUUUGUUUCUUCAACUCAACUGCUCAAUGCUAUAUUCGGUUAUUUGUAUUUCUGCCUUUUCAGCCGUAUGGUGUGUGUUUGGCAUGAUGGGGGAAGUGUGCAGUUGUCCAGAAAGUUUUCUCCUAUGCCUGCCUUUUGCGAUUUAGUGCCGCGUUUUGUGUCUGUGUGCACUGAUCUUCUUGCCACUGCACUGGAUGUACAUGUACGAUAACAAUAAAGUAUGCUUAAAAAAGAGAGUAUGUGUGUCUGUAUUGGCAGAGAAAUGUGGACAAAUGAUCUUUUGGAAUUGGUAGGACGAUGUGCAUUAGAAUUAUAGAUUAUAGAUAACGCUAUCUGAUGGCUCAGAUCUGUUAAAGACGUGAUUUAGCUUGUGCUGCUAGCAAUCCUUUCUGCUCCAGGAACUGUCCAAAGAGCCGAGCAGCUUCCUCAGCA